GUGCACGGUACGUACGCACUUGUCAUUCUGUAAUCCGCGGUCGUCUACGACGUCUACGUCACUCGUAACCAAGGAAACCUUUCGCCCGUUUCGCCUGCAGUUUUCAUCCUGCCAUUCCUGAUUUCUACCUUGAAGAUGUCACGAUGCCCGGUGCAGUCCCGUUGACGCGAAGAGAGGAGCCUCGAAGUUAAACGGGAGGAGCGAUAAUAAUAAUUCUUGGCGUGAACCGCGUCGCAGACUAAUUGAUAACCUUCAAUGUCGUGUGCCUCGAGAUUAUUAAGAUAAUUUAAAAUGUGCGUAAAGAUCAAUCUACAGCCGAGAAAGAAAACCAGUCUUUUCUAUCGAUACGGAUAUGUGCUCUUAAUGCUCGUAUGCAUGGUGUUUGCAACUAUUCAGCCGCACAUCGGCGGAACCAACGGUAUAAUCAACGGUAACUUUAUUAUUCGCUAUUUCGCUGUACCUUUAACGUACUUGGAAGCUGGAUUGUUAUGCGACCCCAAGUCUCUUUACUCGACCCUGAAGGACGGCUAUCUCCUGACAUUUGUCAUGGUUUUCGUGUACGUUUUGAUGCCCUUUCUGGCACGGAUCGGGACGCACCUGUUGACCUACGCUAAAGUUAACGUGUGGAUGCUCAAAGGAAUGGAGGUCCUUUACUGCAUGCCACCACCGUUCAGCACGGGACUCGCCCUGUGCCGUUUGGCACAGGCUGAUCUGCCUACGAGCGUAGUCACCACGCUGGUGUCGCACUUCGGCGGAUUAUUCUUGUCUCCUCUUUUACUGUAUCUAAUGUUAGGAACAUCCACUCCACCAUUAGUCGGGAUCAACAUCAAGGAGACUGUGUACAGCACGCUUAUUCCACUGGGGAUAGGUCUCGUCCUACGGGCGUACGUGCUGAAGAACAGAUGCUUGAACGUUAACACGAGUUGGUUCUCCCAAGGUUUAUUGCUGGCAAUAGCGUACCACUGGUUUUGCGACGCCGUGCUGGCGGAUGCCUCGUCGUUGCAAGCGGUGGAUAUACUGUUCUGCGUACUCAUUGCGUGCCUGGGCCAGCUCCUUCUCAGCAGUCUGUGCUGGAUCUUGUGCUCCCAGUGGUUGCCGCGGGAGAUUCUGCUGGCCGCGUUAUUCACCAGCACUCACAAGUCCGUCAGUCUCGGCGGUUGGAUCUUGCGUGGGGCGUAUCACGGUUCGGCUUACGGGCCAGCAGUCAAUUUACCAUUGACGAUAUUACCCGUUGCACAAUUGCUGUUAGGUAGCUUGUUAGCCAGCUGGCUGGCUCCGUAAGAAAACUUUGCACCUUUAAAGUUGUGCGAGAUGCACGGCGAUUAACAUCCGUUUUUGUGCUCUAUCUUCCCGCCCUAAAAGGAAUGGGUCCGUAACAAUUAUUACCGAUCAACUUUAGAAGGUAUUUGAUCACACUGUAGUAUCAAAAGGUUAUUACAAAGCAUGGAAUACUAGAAAUCAAAUUGAAUAAAUAUAUCAACAUCUUUAUACAUUUUUUUUCAAGAUUAUUAACUAGGUAAAUUCAAUGCAGAAAAUAAUUUUAUUCGUUCGAUAAUUAUCCGAAAUUAUGUUUUGGAAUAAACAAUUUCCCGCACGGAUAUUCAUAUGUUGCUCAUGAUCGUUACAUAUAGUGUAAUUCAAUACUUACCUUAAAACUGGAUGGAAUGGUUUGUAGGAAUGAUGUAUUACUGCUUUAGUCUGGAUUGAAAGAAUUUAUGUAAAUAAUGCGCGAAAUACUUUAUAUAUAUAUAUAUAUAUAUAGAUAUAGAUAUAUCUCAUUGCAUUUCUCAGCAACCUAAUCCACUGACAUCUUUUAAAAAGAAACAAUAGGAGAUACAUUGUACUGCUCAUUAUUAUAAGAACCGUUUUUAAAUAGGUACAAUAGAUAAAAGUCAACAGCCAAUCGAGCGAGAUGUUACGACUUACGAUUGAAUCAUACAAUAUAGAUACCUAUUUAGAUUGUAUAAAUUACAAAUAUAGUUUCCUCAUCUUCGAAUGAAAAAGUUCUCGAUAUCCUCGAAA